UCACCAGCAGAUCCUCCGCCGCCACCGCCUCGUCGAACUCGGGGUCCAUGGCACCCGGAAGAGAAGGCGGAAGUGACGGCGGAAGUGACGGCUUAUCCCCGCCCCUAUCCUCCUCCCCGCUCCGCUAUUGGCCGCCCCUGGGCGCGCCGCGCCGCCAUUGGCCGGAGCGCGCGUGCGCCGCGCCGCGAUUGGCUCCGCCCCACGUCAAUCAUCCGUGAGGCGCCGCCAUGGCCGAGUACCGGCUGAGGGUCCGCACCGGCUCCGAGCCCGGCGCCGGGACCAGCGACGCCAUCGCCGUGACGCUGCUGGGGAGCCGCGGCCGCAGCGCCCGGACCGCGCUGGACCGAUGGGGACCCGACUUCCAGUGCGGGGCGGUGACAGAGUACCGGGUGUGCGCCCCGCGCCCCCUGGGCCGCCUGUUGCUGCUGCGGGUGCACAAAGGGCCCUGCGGGGGCCUCCCCGACAGCUCCUGGUACCUGGAGAGCGUCACCGUCUGGGGACCGCGCGGGGACACCCCCGGGGACACCCCCGGGGACACCCACGGGGACACCUGUGACACCCCCGGGGACACCUGUGACACCCCCGGGGACACCUGUGACACCCCCGACACCUCCGACAGCGAGGACAGCGAGGACAGCCCAGACGAGGAGGAGGAGGAGGAGGAGGAAGGUGACACUGAGGAAGAGGAGGAGGACACAGGUGACAGCGAGGGGACAGGUGACACCGACGAGGAGGAGGAUGAGGAGCUGGAGGAGGAGGAAGAGGACAGCGAGGGUGACACGGAGGACAGCGAGGGGGACAUCGGUGAUGCCGCCGCAGGUGACCCCGAUGACGUCGCUGAGCUGGGCCCGUUCCACUUCCCGUGUUACCGCUGGCUGCAGGGCUACGGCACCUGGGAGCUGCCCGAGGGCACAGCCCGCACUCCGGCCAUGGAGCGACACCCGCGGCUGCAGCGGCAGCGCCGGCGGUACCUGGUGCAGCAGCGGCGCCGCUACAGGCUAGCUCCCUUUGCCCCGGGCCUGCCCUGGGCGCUGCCCCUGGGGACGCCGCUGGAGCCCGACCUGAGCUUCACCCUGGCCAAGGCCUCGGCCUUCUACCUGCGGGGCACUGCGGCGAACCUGCAGGCCAAGCUCAGGGGGUUCCUGGCCCGGCCCUGCUCCUGGCCCAGCGUGGAGGCCAUGGGCCGCGUGUUCCAGAGCUUCCACACGCCCGUCACCGAGUACGUGGUGCGGCACUGGCAGGAGGACGCGUUUUUCGGGGAGCAGUUCCUGAGCGGGGUGAACCCCGUCCUGCUGCGCCGCUGCCGCCGCCUGCCCCCCAACUUCCCCGUCAGCGAGGCCGUGGUGGCGCCCAGCCUGGGCCCGGCCACCUCCCUGCGCCGCGAGAUGGAGGCAGGGAACAUCUACCUGGCCGAUUAUGGGGUGCUGCAGGGGAUCCCCACCGCCCUCAUCGACGGCCGCCCCACCUUCGUGGCCGCCCCGCUCUGCCUCCUGCACCAGCGGCCCAACGGCGACCUGCUGCCCCUCGCCAUCCAGCUGUCCCAGGAGCCGGGCCCCUCCGCUCCCCUCUUCGUGCCGCAGGACCCGCCCUGGCUCUGGGCCCUGGCCAAGGUUUGGGUUCGCAGCGCCGAGUUCCAGGUGCACGAGGCCCUGACGCACCUGCUGCGCUCGCACCUGCUGGGAGAGGUGUUCGCCCUGGCCACGCUGCGCCGGCUGCCCCCGCAGCACCCCCUCUUCAAGCUGCUGGUGCCCCACACGCGGUUCACGGUGCAGAUCGGGGCCCUCGCGCGGCGCUUCCUCCUGAACCCCGGCGGGGUCUUCGACCGGGCGGUGGCGCUGGGCCGGCGGGGGCUGCUGGCGCUGGUGGCGCGGGGGCUGCGGGCGCUGCGCUGGCGCUCGCUGGUGCUGCCGCGGGACCUGCGACACCGCGGGGUGGCGGCCACCAAGUGCCACCACUUCGGCUGCGACGCCACCAAGGUGUGGCGGGCCAUCCGCAGGUUUGUCACCUCCCUGCUGUCCCUGUACUACCCAGCGGAUGGCGCUGUGGCUCAGGACUCGGAGCUCCAGGAGUGGGUCCGGGAGAUCUUCCGCAGAGCGUUCCUGGGCCGGCCGAGAUCCGGUGUGCCCUCCCGGCUGGAGACGCGGCGUGACCUCGUCACCUUUGUCACCGCGGUCAUCUUCAACUGCUCCGCACUGCACGCGGCCACCAACAGCGGCCAGUUUGAGCUCUCGGCGUUCCCGCCGAACGCGCCGGCCGCCAUGCGGGAGCCACCACCGACGUGCAAGGCGGCGCUGUCGGAGCAGGAAUUCCUGGCGGCGCUGCCGGCCAUGAACACCACGGCCACGGUGCUGGCGGUGCUGUGGGUGCUGAGGAACGAGCCCAUGGACAUGCGCCCCCUGGGGCACUACCCCGAGCGUCACUUCACCGAGAGCGCCCCCCGGCGGCUGAUCCGCCGCUUCCGGCGCCGCCUGCGCCGAAUCUCCCGCCAGAUCCGCGCCCGGAACGCGGCGCUGGAGCGGCCCUACCCCUACCUGGACCCCGAGAACAUCGAGAACAGCGUGGCCAUCUAGGGACCCCAAAAUCACCCAAAAUGUUCCAAAAUAGCCCAAAAAUAUCCCAAAAUAUCCAAAAUACCCCAAAGUUAUCCCAAAAACAUCCCAAAAUACCCCAAAAUGCCCCAAAAUUCCCCUACCUGGACCCCGAGAACAUCGAGAACAGUGUGGCCAUCUGAGGGACCCCAAAAUCACCCCGAAAUCACCCCAAAAAUAUCCCAAAAUACCACAAAAUAUCCCAAAAUAUGCCAAAAUACCACAAAAACACCCCAAAAACAUCCCGAAAAUAUCCCAAAAAUACCCCAAAAUGCCCCUACCUGGACCCCGAGAACAUCGAGAACAGCGUGGCCAUCUGAGGGACCCCGAAAUCACCCCAAAAUAUC